UGGGACGCGCGUCUUCACAGGCUGUCCCUUCUGAGCAGGGACUGAGCGGACCCCGAGUCUGGCAGCCGCCCGGGACGGAAGGCGGGAUCCCUUCCUUUGGGCUUAUCCGCUGUCAGCCGUGAGAACGUUAACUUUACCCCGAGGGAUCAGUGGGGGCGGGGGUGGGCGAGGUUCUCCUCCCCUGGCGCUCGCCUCCCCCUCCAGGGCCUCCCCUCCCCCGCCUCCAUGGCAUCGCUCUCAGAGCAUCCUCACUCCGCCCAGUUCGGUGCCAGUUGCGUGGGCUCCAGCUUCGUGCGUUUUCUUUGGAAUGCUCCAAAACUCGGCAGCGACUGAGGAAAUCCCAUUGGCAUUUGCCGGGCGUGCUCUCACCGGGCGUAGCACCCGCGCGCCCAUCCUUGGAUCAAUACCUCUUCAGCCAGAAGAUUGCAACUUUGCAGAGACAAAGAAAUAGCAUGGCAUGAAACAUGGCUCAGUUCUAUUACAAAAGAAAUGUGAACGCCCCCUACAGAGAUCGCAUCCCUCUAAGGAUAGUUCGAGCAGAAUCGGAACUCUCACCAUCAGAAAAAGCCUACUUAAAUGCUGUGGAAAAGGGAGAUUAUGCAAGUGUCAAGAAAUCCCUAGAGGAAGCUGAAAUUUAUUUUAAAAUCAAUAUUAAUUGCAUCGAUCCUCUUGGAAGAACUGCUCUCCUCAUUGCAAUUGAAAAUGAGAACUUGGAGCUCAUUGAACUGCUCUUAAGCUUUAAUGUCUAUGUUGGAGAUGCUUUAUUACAUGCUAUCAGGAAAGAAGUCGUCGGAGCUGUUGAGCUGUUACUGAACCACAAAAAGCCCAGUGGAGAAAAGCAGGUGCCUCCCAUACUCCUUGACAAGCAGUUCUCUGAAUUCACUCCAGACAUUACACCAAUCAUUUUGGCAGCCCACACAAAUAAUUAUGAGAUAAUAAAACUUUUAGUUCAAAAAGGAGUCUCAGUACCGAGACCCCACGAAGUCCGCUGUAACUGUGUUGAAUGCGUCUCCAGCUCAGAUGUGGAUAGCCUCCGCCACUCACGCUCCCGACUCAACAUCUACAAGGCGUUGGCCAGCCCCUCUCUCAUCGCACUGUCGAGCGAAGAUCCUUUUCUCACAGCCUUUCAGUUAAGUUGGGAGCUUCAGGAACUGAGUAAGGUGGAAAAUGAAUUCAAGUCAGAGUACGAGGAGCUGUCACGACAGUGCAAACAAUUUGCUAAGGACCUACUGGAUCAGACAAGAAGUUCCAGAGAACUGGAAAUCAUUCUUAAUUACCGAGAUGACAAUAGUCUCAUAGAAGAACAAAGUGGAAAUGAUCUCGCAAGACUAAAAUUGGCCAUUAAGUACCGUCAAAAAGAGUUUGUUGCCCAGCCCAACUGUCAACAGCUGCUUGCAUCUCGCUGGUACGAUGAGUUCCCAGGCUGGAGGAGAAGACACUGGGCGGUGAAGAUGGUGACAUGUUUCAUAAUAGGACUUCUUUUUCCUGUCUUCUCUGUGUGCUACCUUAUAGCUCCUAAAAGCCCACUUGGACUGUUCAUCAGAAAGCCAUUUAUCAAGUUCAUCUGCCAUACAGCAUCCUAUUUGACUUUUUUGUUCCUGCUGCUGCUUGCCUCUCAGCACAUCGACAGGUCAGACUUGAACAGGCAAGGUCCACCACCAACCAUCGUCGAGUGGAUGAUAUUACCGUGGGUCCUGGGUUUUAUAUGGGGAGAAAUUAAACAAAUGUGGGAUGGCGGACUUCAAGAUUACAUCCAUGAUUGGUGGAAUCUAAUGGAUUUUGUGAUGAACUCCUUAUACUUAGCAACAAUCUCCUUGAAAAUUGUUGCAUUUGUAAAGUACAGUGCUCUUAAUCCACGAGAAUCUUGGGACAUGUGGCACCCCACUCUGGUGGCUGAAGCUUUAUUUGCUAUUGCAAACAUCUUCAGUUCCCUGCGGCUGAUCUCACUGUUUACGGCAAAUUCUCACCUGGGACCUCUGCAAAUAUCUCUGGGAAGAAUGCUCCUGGACAUUUUGAAGUUUCUAUUCAUAUACUGCCUCGUGUUGCUAGCAUUUGCAAAUGGCCUGAAUCAACUAUACUUCUAUUAUGAAGAAACAAAAGGGUUAAGCUGCAAAGGCAUAAGAUGUGAAAAGCAGAAUAACGCAUUUUCAACGUUAUUUGAGACACUCCAGUCCCUGUUUUGGUCAAUAUUUGGGCUCAUCAAUUUAUAUGUGACCAAUGUCAAAGCGCAGCAUGAAUUCACUGAGUUUGUUGGUGCCACCAUGUUUGGGACAUACAACGUCAUCUCUCUGGUUGUCCUACUCAACAUGUUAAUAGCUAUGAUGAAUAAUUCUUACCAACUUAUUGCUGACCAUGCAGAUAUAGAAUGGAAAUUUGCUCGAACAAAGCUUUGGAUGAGUUAUUUUGAAGAAGGAGGUACCCUGCCUACUCCCUUCAAUGUCAUCCCGAGCCCCAAGUCUCUCUGGUACCUGAUCAAAUGGAUAUGGACCCAACUGUGCAAGAAAAAGAUGAGAAGAAAGCCAGAAAGUUUUGGAACAAUCGGGGUAAGAACACAGCAUAGGCGAGCUGCUGAUAAUUUGAGAAGACAUCACCAAUAUCAAGAAGUUAUGAGGAACCUGGUGAAGCGAUACGUGGCCGCAAUGAUUAGAGAUGCCAAAACUGAAGAAGGUCUGACUGAAGAGAACUUUAAGGAACUAAAGCAAGACAUUUCUAGUUUCCGCUUUGAAGUCCUGGGGUUACUAAGAGGAAGCAAACUGUCUACAGUGCAGUCCGCUCAGGCCGCAAAGGACUCUUCCAAUUCAGCAGACUCAGAUGAAAAGAGUGAUAACGAAGGGAGCAGCAAGGACAAGAAAAAGAACUUCAGCCUUUUUGAUUUAACCACUCUGAUUCAUCCGAGGUCAGCAGCAAUUGCCUCCGAAAGACACAACAUAAGCAAUGGUUCCGCCCUGGUGGUGCAGGAGCCCCCAAGGGAGAAGCAGAGAAAAGUGAAUUUUGUGACUGAUAUCAAAAACUUUGGCUUAUUUCAUAGACGAUCAAAACAAAACGCUGCUGAGCAAAAUGCAAACCAAAUCUUCUCUGUUUCAGAAGAGGUUGCUCGUCGACAGGCUGAAGGACCACUGGACAGACAUAUUCAACUGGAAUCCCGAGGAUUGGUUUCACGGGGUGCCUUGAACAUCCCCGGCCUCAGUGAACAAUGUAUAUUAGUAGACCAUCGAGAAAGGAAUACAGACACGCUGGCUUUACAGGUAGGCAAGAGAGUGUGUUCAUUCAAGUCAGAGAAGGUGGUGGUGGAGGACACGGUGCCAAUAAUACCAAAGGAGAAGCAUGGGAAGGACGAAGACUCUAGUAUAGACUAUGAUGUAAACCUCACAGACACAGUCAUGCACGAAGACUACGUGACCACAAGAUUGUGAUACUUGAAGGAGGAAGCGUUUGUCAUACAUACACAUAUUUUCCGUAGUGCUCUGGGUGGGGGGAGAUGUCCAAAAGUAAAUUAGCAAAUGCUAACUUACACUUUAUAGCAUUUAUUAACUGUGGCAUAUUAACGUGUAACAUGUUUCAAUAAGGCAAAGGUUAUCAAAAACCCUUGUUUUGUAGCCUGCUUUUGCUUUCACAAUUUGUUUUACAACUUUUUUGUUAAAUAAAUGCACCUGGUAUUCUCGUACUGUUGCAAUUACCCACAGGAAAUUUUUAGCUAUCUUUUUCAAUUAAAACAAAUGCAAUUUAUUUCAUGUGAUAGUUGACUCCUACAAUAGAUAUUUUUAUACGCAAAAAACAACGUAGCUGAAAUAUUAGAGCUUUUCAUAAUUUUUUAGGGUCUCUAGAGAUGGAUACUUACCAAACACUUUUCACCCAGCCCUACAGUUUGGCUUUAAAAUAUAAAUAAAAUCAAAUUAUUUCUCAAGAACAUAUGAAUAAUUAUAGUACACAAUUAAAGCAAGCACGCCUUCUUCUCCUGGAGUCAUGGUCAAACUGUCUCCUAAAAUGAAAGUCAGGUAUACUUUGUAGAGUUUUGGGUUGCCCAGUUUUUCCUUACAAUAAGUAAAAGAGAUGUUUGUCUUAAUUUAGGUGAUUGAUGAUUUUUAAUGAUAUUUUGUCAGAAAAAUGUUAUAUCAAGUUAAAAAAAAAUUACCUUUUCAGAUUUAACUGUUAAUCAGUGUAAAUAUUAGUCUUUAUGAAUAACUCAAAUUUCAAAAAUGUGGCAAAAGUUCUCAGUGAUAGAAAUGAAUAACAAUACAUUAGAAUAGUUUAAACACUUUAAACAAAGCAAGAUGAUUGCAUACUCAUAAUAUCCAGAUGAAAAUGAACUCAGUCUAACAAUUUAAAUCUAAGCAAAGUUCAAUUCUAUUUUCAAUCAGUGCAAUAUUGUUAUCAAUUCAAAAGAAGUUCAAAAACCUGGAAAUUUCCUCUUCUUUCCCUUAGUCACUGGUGCAUAUUUCAUUAAAAUUAAAAUCACUGAAAAAUCAUUAUUAAUUUUAGCAGUAUAUAUAAAUAUCUAGUUUUCUCCAUAGGGACAACCUUCUAAAUUGCUUGUUUCUUCUAUUGUUUCCAAGGUAAUUUGCUUAUAUUACACUCAUUCACUGAACUACUAAAAGGAAAGUGUUUUCACCUGAUAUAAAAAAAGUACUGGAAACUUCUUAAAGUUUAAAUUGUGUAACUUGUGUCUAUUUAAGCCAUCAUGGAAAUAGAAGUUUCUUCACCACAUGCGAUUAGCAUUUAUUUCAGAUCAAUAGAAAAAUGCUAAAUUCAUUUUAUUUCAAAAAUUACCUCCAUGAACUAGAGAAAAUGUACGUGAUUUAGCAUUGACCAAAAAUUGCAUAGUUUUACAAAACUCAGUUUUGUGAUUACCAUACAUCAAAAAUAAGGAAUAACAGCAAUAACAACAUUAGCCACAGUUCUAUAUGCCAUACACGUACUGAUAUACGUGUACUGCUCAUAACAGCUCUCCGAAGUAGCUGCUAUUCUUAUCCCCACUCUAUAGAUGAGGAAACCAAGGCAAGCACUGACUUGGCUAAGGUUCACAGCUAGUGGUGGAUCUAUGCUGUGUCCCUCAGGGCCAGGCCCUUAACCACUGUACUGUACUGCCUCUCAGAACAUAAACAGACCAAGCAGCAAAAUGUGCACGUAUAAGGGUUACUGUUGUCACUUCUGAAACACUAUACGUUGAGAGACAAUGAGUGUGGUAAACUCCGUAAGUUUGUGUCUCUUCUUGCAAAGCAAGAGGAGCACGUAAAAUUAAAGAUGCGUUAGGUUCUUUAGACUCAAUUACAUUAUAGAAGUUAGUAGAUUUUAAAAAAUAUAUUUGGUAUGGGCUAUCAGAAUUCAACUGGAAAUAUUAGAUUUUAGUUUUCAGAAAAGCCAGAGACAUUGAGAUACUGCUCACUCCUAAAUCUGGUUUUGUCCUCGAGAGUUAGGAAUGAAUGGGCCAGACAGGUUUGGAGAAACACAAUAAACCUAAUGAAUGUUCUUACUGCUUCAAGUGCACCUUUAUCUCAAGUGUGUGAGGACUCAGAAUAAGCCCUGGGGAUACUGAAAUACCCAAUUGUUCUAAGUUAGACAUACAGUAGUAGGGGAAUGGUAGGUCUAUUCUCAAUACUUGAGGUAUUUUCCAAUGAUUUUUUUUUUGCUCCCUCUGUUUUUCCCCCAAAGAUCAUAUACAUCACCAUUAUACAUAUCCUACUAGAAUUUAAUUUCAAAUUCCAUCUAUUCCUUCAAAUAACACCAACAACAAUAAAAGCAACAACAACAAAAAAAUUUUCCCAGUGGCUCAUUUAUAUCAGGGGUUAGGGUGCUGAUAUUUUAUUGGUGAACAUGGUGAUAACAGAGGAAUUUAUUUGGAGCCAGUAACACACUGCUUUUCAGUGUUCUGGAAAUGAUGGUCUCUAACAACCCUCAGAUGUCACUGACAGAUGCGCUUACGAGUUUAGACAAAGUAUUGGAUAUUGUUGGUACCAGAUGUCCUAGAAUUGAAUAUUACUCUAAAUACGUAGGGAUAUUAGGUAGCAUUAAUGAACAUGAAUAGUAGAAAAGAAUAAGAAAACAUAAAACAACAGCAGGAUUGCAAAUAAAGGGAUAAUGUUUUUGAGGUCUUUAAAUGAGUAAUUUGGGGUUUCUUGCCAUUUCUAUUUAUAUUUCUAUCAACAGAAAUUCCUAAACACCAAAGAGGUUUGAUAUCACACCUUCAUUUGCAUAAAUAAUGUUUUUGUGUGUUUCAUGCCCUUUUGAUAUUGCUGCUGCUCACCUGUAUUUAUUUAUUUAUUUUUGGCCAUGGUUGAGUGGAAGAAUGUCUAGAAUCCAGCUUAACUUUAAUAGAAUUAGGUUAAAUUCACAGUAGUUCAUUUAUCAUAGAUAUAUCUUUGGAAAACCCAUUUAUAAGAAAGAAUGCUAUAAAGAUGUAUCUCACCAUUUGUGAUAGAUGUAUUCCUGAAAAUAUCUGUGUAAAUAAAUCUAUAUUAACUUCAGUAGGGAAACUGGCUAUGUAAAAAAAGAAAUGGUAGUGAAUUAUUUUGUAAAAUGAUGAAUUAUUUUUCAAAGUGAUAAUCAUCCUCAAAAUGUAACUGUUUCAUAAGUUGGAUAUUUGUAUAUCAAAUUUUCUUAAAUUAGAUAUUUUAUUUACUGGCUGGCAAUUAAAAUACUGCAAAAGCAUA